UUGGCUGAAGAUCUCAGAAAAAUGCAAGAAUUUUUCCACCUGAACAUGUCUGGAAAGCCUGACCUGGAAACUUUGGCAGUGAUGCAGAAGCCCAGAUGUGGUGUACCUGACUUGGGGUCAUAUACUCUUACAUUAGGGAAUCCUAAAUGGGACAGAAAAGAUAUUACCUACAGGAUUGUAAGCUACACUUCAGAUAUGCAUCCAUCUGAUACAGACAAAGCCUUCAGAAAAGCAUUUGAAGUCUGGAGCAGUGUGUCACCUCUGACUUUCAAAAGAAUCUAUGAUGGUGAAGCAGAUAUCAUGAUCUCUUUCCAAACCAGAGACCAUGGUGAUAAUUCUCCUUUUGAUGGUCCUGAUGGAAUCCUGGCACAUGCUUUUGAACCUGGGAAACACAUUGGUGGAGACGCCCAUUUUGAUGACGAUGAAUUAUGGACAAAUGAAGGCUCAAGAGGCCGCAACCUAUUUCUUGUUGCUGCUCAUGAGCUUGGCCAUUCAUUGGGUCUGUCUCAUUCCACGGAUCCUGGGGCCUUGAUGUAUCCCACCUACUCCUACACAGAACCAAGAUUAUUUCGUCUUCCGCAGGAUGAUAUCAAUGGCAUUCAAGCCAUCUAUGGAAAAUUAGAUAGCCCAAUACAACCAACAGGACCUACCACACCAGAAGCAUGUUCUGCUAAGACUUCUUUUGAUGCUGUUACCACCAUGCGUGGAGAAAUGAUGUUCUUUAAGGGCCGGCAUUUUUGGCGUAAGCACCCUCAGAUUUCCUCUGUGGAACUGCAUUUCAUCUCUCUUUUCUGGCCAAGUCUGCCCUCCAGUAUAGAUGCUGCUUAUGAGAACUUUGAGAAAGAUCAAGUUUUCCUUUUUAAAGGAAACAAAUACUGGGUUCUAAAUGGAUAUGAUAUAACUAGCCAGUCUCAAAGUAUUUACAGUCUGGGAUUACCAAAACAUGUGAAAAAAAUUGAUGCUGUAUUUAGUGAUCCAGAAGCUGGGAAGACCUAUUUCUUAAUUGGGAACAAGUACUGGAGAUAUAAUGAAAUUGAACAAAGCAUGGAAAAAGGAUACCCCAGAAGUAUAGUCCAAGAUUUUAAAGGGAUUAAACCCAGAAUUGAUGCUGCUUUAUACCACAGUGGCUAUAUCUAUUUCUUCCGAGGAAUGAGAGUGUUUCAGUUUGACCCUGAGAGCAAAAGAAUUGUUCGGCCCAUUCGAAGGAGCAAUUAUUGGCUGAAUUGUUAA